AUGUGCAGUACGACUGCAACGACGGGCGGGGACACAAACACGAAGAAAGUCAAGAAGAGGCGCUCAAAAGCUAACAGGACGACAUCAAUCACUUGUGAACAAGCAACACAAGACCAUGAGAUCAGGGCUGUCGGCGCCCAGUUUACAUAUUAUGGGCCAAACUCGCCUGGUUCUUGCCAUGACUUACCUGAGCUCGAUACCAAUAUUUGCUUGGAUAAAGAGGAUGAUCUCAAGUUCUCGAGUGACACCUACGAUGGAUGCUUUUAG